AUGGCGCUGGCUGCAACGAAACGUGCGGCAACUGUUCAGGUAACAGCUUAUGUAACAUCUAUGACGGCAGUUUGCGGUAAUGGUUUCUACGGAGUCAACUGCACCAGCACGUGCGGAAACUGCACUAACGGAACAACGUGUGAUUCCGCGUCAGGAAUGUGUCCUAAGGGAUGUAGUCCCGGAUAUCAGGGAAUUUACUGUAAUGAAAAAUGCAAUUAUUCAUACGGCAUCAACUGCAGUAAGACAUGUGGAAACUGCUCAGAUGGAACACCGUGUCUACCUGACUCGGGAAUGUGUCCUCACGGCUGUGUUGCUGGGUAUCAGCUACCCUACUGCAAUGAAAACUGUAUUGGUGGAUAUUAUGGAACAGACUGCAAGGAGACGUGUGGACACUGUAAGAACAACGUGUCCUGCUCCACCAGCACGGGACUGUGUCCUGAAGGCUGCGAAGGUUCUUGGCGGGGAGACAAUUGUAUGCAAGAAGCUGUCGUGGACCCCGGGGAUAAGACCGGUGUUAUCGCUGGAGUAACUGUUGCUUGCAUUGCCGUUUUGAUCAUCGCCAUCGUUGUUCUAGCUGUAUUUUUGCUGAGGGACGGACACAAAACCGCAAAAGGAAAAACCCAGCAUCGCAGUCAAGCCAACAGUGGUGAAGAUGUCUUCGUCAAAUGGAGAGGAGGUCAACGGUGUCAAGCAGGAGAACGUAGCAGGGUUUCCUCUAAAGCACCGAAGAAAAACCACGGGACUUCUGCAAACAUUCUUCCCGAUCUGGAGGAGGAGUGUGACCACAUUUACAGAAAUGAUGAGAGUGUGUACGCCACCUUCAAGGCCUCCAGACCUCAACUGGACAAAGUGCAGCAAACCUUGAUAGACUUGCUGGCGUCUGGACAGCUCACAGAGCGCUUUGAGGAGCUGCCCAAAGGACUAACAGACGAGCACGAGGCCGCUAAACUUCCUGUUAACGUCAAGAAGAACAGAUACUACUCCGUUCUUCCUUAUGACAAAAAUCGUGUGGUUUUGACGGACGGUUUCUCAGAGGGAAAGGCUACAGAUUAUAUCAACGCUAGCUAUAUAACGGGAUUUCAUCAACAAAAGACCUACAUCGCAACGCAAGGACCGCGUGAAAACACCGUGGAAGACUUCUGGCGGAUGGUGUGGCAAGAGCAUAUAACUCAGAUUAUCAUGCUGACUAGUCUUAUUGAGGAUGGCAAGACCAAGUGUUUCGAGUACUGGCCAGAGCGGGACAGAUCACAGACGUACGGUCCUGUCACAGUCCGGUGUGUAGACGUCCAGUGCCGGGCCAACUUCUUCAUCAGGGCUUUCAUCAUCCAGAUGCAUGCUAGCGGAGAGAAGCGAGAGGUGGAGCAGUUGAAUUUCGUGGCCUGGCCUGACCACGGAGUCCCCACCACAACAUCGCUUCUCAACUUCUGGCGCUUUGCCAAGUCACGUGCUCCACAACCACUUUCGUCGCCUGUCCUGGUGCACUGCACCGCUGGUGUCGGUCGGACUGGAGCAUUCAUCGGUCUUGACAUUGCUUACGAGCACGCCGUCAGUGGAGGAGAUGUCCAUGUCUAUGACGUUGUUAAGCGCAUGCGUGAAGAACGAUGCACCAUGGUGCAGGCUGCAGAACAGUUCGUCUUUCUACACAAAGCUGUGCUGGAAGCUUACACAGGCAGGGACACAGUCAUACCUAGUGACAGGUUUAACUCCAUUUUCUCCCAAGUAGUCAGAGAACAUCCACGAAUUGAAGGCGAAUUCAAGAAAGUGAUCCAAAUGCGAUCACUAGCACCAGACAUGUCAGUCAAGGUAGCGGCAGAAGCAAGAAACAAGGCAAAGAUAAGAAACUCAACUUACCUGCCAGCGGACAAUCACCUGGUCUACCUCACGACUCACGUGCCGGGGCGUGAUCAGUUUAUCAGCGCUGUCUACGUGUCGACUUACAGAGAAUACAAAGGCAGUAUUCUGACUCAACUUCCUCUGGAAGAAACACUGGUGGACUUCUGGCGAAUGGUGGACGGAUGUGACGUCAAUACAAUCGUCUCCCUUGGUGAAGAAAAAGCAGAGACAGUAAAAAAUAUUUGCCAAUUCUGGCCGAAGGAUGCUGGAACGUCUCUCACCGUCCACCCUUAUGUCAUCUGUCAUAUAAGCACAUUUUCGUUGGGAAGUCAUUUAAUCUCAUACACUCUGAGCUUAGAGAAAAAGAAGAUACCCGGAUGUCGUCAAGUACAGCUGCUUCAUUACACAGCCUGGACCGGCGACCUGCCAGACGACAUGACGGACCUGCUGGGGCUGAUGGACAAGGUGGACGCUCUCUGUCUCCAUGAGAACAACUCUGGUCCGGUCAUCAUCCAGUGCCAUGACGGCGUGACGAGGAGUGGGUUAUUCUCUACCCUUUGGAACGUCCUCAGCCGUUUGACGUCAGACAAGGAAAUUGACGUGUACAUGGCAGUCAGAGAGACUCACAGCGUCAUACCACAUGCCAUGACGUCACUGGAGCAGUAUCGUUACUGUUAUGAGGUGGCUCAGAAGCGGAUCUCAGAUAUGAAUAUCUACACCAACGCUGAUCGUUCAACAGAUAUGAACAUCUACAGCAACAUGUGAUCAUUCAACAGAGAUGAACAUCUACACCAACGUUGAUUACCCAACAGACAUGAACAUCCACAGAAACAUCUGAUUACGAUCACUCAAUACACAUGAACAUCAAAACCGUCACCUGAUCAUUCAGCAUAAUAUAAACUUUACGCCAAAUCAUGAUUGCUUGAAAGAUAUUAACAUUGAAUUCAACAUUUGAUCACUUUAAAAUUCAAUGUCAGCCACACCGAGCAUCUUGUUACAUUUUAUCUGUCUCACACUAAAGACUUUUACACUAUAGAGUUUUUUUUCUUAAUGUUCACAUUUAUCUAUAAAAUACAUGUUUGCAUAAUACUUAGUUUAUACGAUUUUCCAUCGUAAAUGUGUUAUUUCCAUGUCUAUUACAAUGGCUUUUCUUAAACGUUGUAUAUAUUAUCUAUGUAUGGAAUAUGUUUUAAUGGUUUCUUUAAGUAUUGUAGCGAAAAUUUUUAUACUCCUCGAAAAUUUUAUUAAGCUCUGGGCAAUUCUGGCUCGUACUACCAAUAUCCUUGCCUCACUUGACAAGCUUUACCACUUGUCCUUUACAUAUUACAUCCUCUGCAAGAGAUUAAAAAACUGAGCACUUCCUUGGUCACAAAUAGCGAGCAACCUCAGUCCUCUUCAUCGGAAAUCUCUGUGAUAUCUGUAAUCAUGUGGAAUUCAAAGGCGAUAACGGAUAGCUGUUAACUAGAGAAAAACGGGAGCGAGGAGCAACCUUUUUUAAUAUAAUGAAAAUAAGUUAAAGUUAUAGCUUCACAAAAUAAUAUUGUAAGAUACUCUCCUAGUUAAUCUUUGUCGU